AUGGCUUUACAACGUGUCGACCAUGUGGCUGUUAGCCUUGAUGCUCCAAACACGGACCCUUUACAGGGGACCAAGUACGAUUUCAAGAGGGAUCUUGUGGGAUAUGGAAGGUCGUCGAUCGAUCCUCAGUGGCCAAACGGGGCGAAAAUUGCCGUUUCGUUCGUCAUCAACUAUGAGGAAGGUGCUGAAAGGUCUCUACUGAAUGGUGACGGCCAAACCGAGAGCGUUCUCUGGGAACAGACCCACGUUGCAGCACGUAUUGGUUCCCGAGACCCCAAAAUCGAAAGCGACUACGACUAUGGCUCACGUGUUGGUGUAUGGCGCCUAUUAAACAUGUUUGAAAAACAUAAUAUUCAAACUACGAUCUAUGCUGUCGGCCAAGCACUUGAAAAGAAUCUUCCCCUUGCCCGCGCCUUUGUGGAAGGUGGCCAUGAGAUUGCGAGUCACGGUUAUCGCUGGAUCCCUUACCACAACAUGGAUCCAGAGGAAGAGAAGACGUACAUGUACCGUCAAAUGCAAUCUUUAAAAUCAACCACCGGAGCAUACCCUGUUGGCUGGUUCAUUGGGCGCUGUUCGUCACACACGAAAGCUUUGAUACACGAAGUGCACGAGGAAUUCGGAGCACCCCUACUCUACGAAGCCGACUGCUUUGCAGAUGAUCUGCCUUACUGGGUCGACGUACCCGCCGAGGAACAUGUCGCUCAGCCAAAAGGCAUGCUUAUGCUUCCGUAUAGCUAUGACAACAAUGACCUCAAGUAUCAAAUCGCCCCUGGAACUUGGGGCUCUUCGGGCGCUUUUCUGGAAUACCUCAAGAAUUCUUUUGAUGUUCUCUAUGCCGAGGGUCUCGAAGGUCGACCAAAGAUGAUGACCGUCGGUCUUCAUUGCAGAAUCAGUGGCAAGCCAGGCCGAUUUGCGGCGGUUGAGUCUUUUGUGAAAUACGUUGAACAACAUACUCAUGUUUGGAUCACCACUCGUAAAGAGAUUGCUUCACACUGGCAUACAAACUUCCCUUAUACGAAAGUUAUCGAGCAGGACAGUGCUGUUUCUGACGGGGAGCACCAGAAUGGCGAUGGCACCAUUUCCGCAAGAAUCUAG